AUGUUGUCUACCGAUGACCGGUGCUGCUUUCGGCCCGACAUGCUCUACAGGACCGGCGGCCAGGGAUCAAUGCGCUAUUUCUUCCUUCAUGGGAGCCACGAGAAAGCUUCAUGUUCAGACCAAGUGGUAGUGGAAGCAAACGUCGCUGUCCUGAGCCAACGAGGCGAUUUGAUAUUCGGUAGCACUGAUGAGAAUAGCGCCUCGCGGUAUCGGUUCGUCGACGGAGUUUGUACGCAUGUCAAUGGGCAGGGCGAUAUAUCCAUCCCCGCAAGCCAAUUUGUCCAAACACUUUUGAAGAAUGUUAGCAUACCCACUCUGAUAGUGGCUGAAGUUCCAAUUGAUCAAUCUGAAAUAUCUCCCUAUGUCCAAGACCGAUAUGUAUACAUAGCACUAAUGGUGACCGGAAGAAGUGACCUCGAAUUAUGCCACCAGAACGACCGUCUUUAUCUUUACAAAAUGAUGCGCACCUUCGUCCCACGCUUCGUUCAGUCGAUGUCCCACAAAAGCAGCGAUUACCUACCCGGUGAUGCGAAGAACCUAUGCAAGGAGGCGGCAGAGCGGAUGGAAUCCUUGGGAGAAGAUCCUGAAUUUUCUGGGUUUCUACAACUUUAUCGCCAGCGAUAUUGCGGUAGGCUUGUAAUAGGACAGAGGGAGAUACUGGAGUCGUGUCUUCUUCAUAGUCUGAAGAUGCCAUUCGAGUUGAUAGCUUCUAUUCGACAGGGCUUGGUACGGCUUUAA